UGCAGACACAGAGGCAAGAGAAAAAUGUGGAAAGCAGCAGUGUUUGUGUUCCUGCUACUAAAGGUGGAUAUGCAGGUGAAUGGUGCUGUAGAUAAGACGAUGGGCCCCGUGAUAGAAAACUACAGGACAGAGAAGAAGGUGAAGACAGAAGAGGCUGAAGCCAACAACAACAUUCCUGCAAGUGACACUGCUUCUUCAGGUUUUUUGGGCAACUUGCUGGUAGUACCCAUGGAUGGGAGUCAUUGGGUGGGUAUAAAGGCCAUUGCCCAAGAAAUGGGUCGUCGUGGACACCGGGUUACAGUGGUGAUUCCAGAGAUCAGCAUGCGUAUGGGCCCAGGGAAACACUACGACACUGUGACCUAUCCUGUUCCUUAUGACAAGGCUCAUAUUGACUCUAUCAUGUCCUCACUCAAGGACAUGAUGGAAAAAUCGUCUUUCACGGAGAAGAUAAGGAAAGGAUUCUCAAAAAUGCAGAAAUUCACAGGGUUUAUGCACACCACAGCAGAGAGCCUACUGUUCAAUGUCAGUCUGAUCUCACAUCUGGCACAGCAGAACUUUGACGCGGUCCUAACAGAUCCUGUGGCGCCCACAGGCUCAUUAAUAGCUCGGAAAUUAGGUAUCCCUACUAUAAAUUUGCUGAGGGGACUUCCAUGUUCCUUGGAUAUGAAGUCUGCAGGCUGCCCCUCCCCGCCCUCAUAUGUGCCCCGCUUUUUGACCAGAUACACAGAUAAAAUGAGCUUCCAGGAGAGAGCUUUCAACACUUUGGUGGCUUUAUUGGAGCCGUUGCUAUGCCGACUGUUGUAUUGGCACUUUGACCAAAUAGCCUAUCAGUUUCUGGGAGAGGAGGUGGGCAUAGCUGAAGUGCUGUCAGAGUCUGCUAUCUGGCUGCUGAGGUUGGACUUCACACUGGAGUUCCCACGUCCUAUCAUGCCUAAUGUAGUACUAGUUGGUGGAAUCAACUGCAACGUGAGACACCCUCUUCCUGAGGAUCUGGAGUCCUGGGUGUCAGGAGAACAUGGGUUUGUAGUGUUCACCCUGGGCACCAUGCUGUCAGAUCUGCCAGAAGAGACAACCUCCGUCUUCUUAGAAGCUUUUAGACAGAUUCCCCAGAAGGUAAUAUGGAGGUACACUGGGCAGGUUCCCGACAGUUUCCCAGAAAAUGUGAAGUUGAUGAAUUGGGUGCCUCAGAAUGACCUACUAGCACAUCCUGGAGCUCGGGCUUUCAUCACUCAUGCUGGCUCUCAUGGUCUCUUUGAGGGACUGUGUCAUGCUGUUCCCAUGGUGAUGAUGCCAUUUGGGGGGGACCAGCCUGACAACGCAGUGAGGUUGGCGAGCAGAGGAGCUGGAGUGGUGUUGGAUAUUUAUUCGAUCACUACAGAGAGCCUUCUUCAGGGACUGAAUGAGGUCAUCAAUGACACCAGGUAUAAAGAGAACAUGCAGAAGCUGUCGGCUCUCCAUAAAGACCGGCCUGUUGACCCACUGGACCUUUCAGUGUACUGGACAGAAUUUGUGAUGCGGCACAAAGGGGCAAAACAUCUCAGACCUGCUGUCCUUGACCUCAACUGGCUCCAGUACUACUGCCUGGAUGUAAUAGCAGUACUGGCUUCUGUAGUGCUGUUUUUUGUAAUACUGAUAGUAAAGUGCUUGAAACUAUGCUUCUGGAAACUGAGCAGGAAGAGGAAGCAGGACUAACCUGCUGCUACAUUUGGACCUUCAUCCUAGCAAUAACACUGUAUGCAAGUGAAAUUAAAAACCCAUCAUUGUCAUAAAAAUAUUAAUGCAAAGUUAAGUUGGUUAUGGUUUAAAUAUGCGACAGGAAGUACAAACAAGUAAGGAAACCAUGGGAUGAUCAGAAAAAAACUUUUAAUUAACAGAAAAUACAGAAUAUUAUUAGAUGCCAUUAUGGUCUGGGCAUGAGGGACAAUGAUGAGCAUUAGUGGCCGCCCUUCUUGGGUGGGAACAGGGCAUACUCUACAGCCA